UGUGUUUGUGUGCAUACAUAAUUGUAUUCACAGAACAGACAAAUAAACGCGAGUUGACCAAACAGGGGGAAGAACACCCACGUGUCUUUGUACGCUUUACAGUUGGUAUUAUUUACGGUGUUAGCCAAAUUAGCCAAAUGUCUCUUCAUAAACAAGUCAAGAACGAAAGAUGAAGACUAAUAAUUGAAGACUGUGCAAAACUCUAAAGCACCGGAAAGUACUUAUUAUGAACGCGCCUACUGUUUGAAAACAAAACAUUGAUAAGUUUGAACGAAUCUGUUUGUUGCUGGGGGGUUUUUUUCCCAUUGUCCUUCAUACAGAAGCUGAUUUGUUUUUCGUAAUGAGAAUGACGAGAGUAAUCCAUGAUCUCUGUACGAUCUUAACCCUACUACAAAUGCCAGUUCUGACAACAGAAGACCAACACCGUGUGGUUUAUGGCUGUGAAAAUACGAACUUCAAAUUUUCAUGGGAUUACGCCCAGAACUGCACGAUGUGACCGUACCGCCUGGGGUGACGCAGUUAAUCAAUAACUUGACAGAGCUCAACACCACACGUUCUCCUGCGGACCUCAUCACAACCUCCGUAGGUACGACCCAGGCUGCUGUGACGACGACGGAGCCACCCCAGGCUAACCAGAUCCAGAUGAGUACCACUCUGAUCGUGAGCAAACCGCCCGGUAGGAAGAGUAAGCUGCACAUAGAAGGCAGCUUCUCCAUCACAGGCACUCUCAUCAUCACCUGCUCUAUUCGGCACUACGAAGAGGAACUGGGCGUUCCUCCCGUCAACAUCACGAUUCUGCGCAGUGGUAAGCGAGACGCCGGCUGCUCUCGUGCAGGAAUCUCCCGACACACCCUCAUCCUACGCAGCACAUCCAACGUAGACAACUACUCCUGCAUAAUGGAAGGUCCAGCUAUGGACUGUAUCAAAUACGCCGAUGACCCCAGAAGGAAGGCUGCUGUCUUGGACACCACAGUGAUCAAGAAGUCGGGUGAGUACGUCCACUCUCUGGACGUGCUCGUGGUCCUGUUUGGCGUGGAGAUGGUCACGUGCAUCGGCCUCCUGUUUUGGGGUCUGUCCCUCACACUGCAGCACGUGCUGCUCAUCAUGAGGCACCGGCGAGAUCUGGUGGAGCUCAAGGCGAACGUGAAGCUCAUAUUGUGGGACUACGAGGACAAGGAGGUCCGAUUCAACUGAUUGUAUAACUCAUAACCUCCUUCGCUCUGACUUGGCUGAGGUGUGGAAGGGUUGGCGUCAUCACGUCGUGCUCUCGGGAUUACUC